AUGCGCAGGUGUGCCUUGACCGCAGGUUUCUGCCCAAAUUUUGUGGCCUUGUAUUACGGGAACCGGUCUCCUUACUGGUACCUCUGUGACAAUUCGGAGGUGUACCCGUUCGGGGGCAGCGUCAACAAGAAUUAUCAAAUGUCUGGCAAGGACGGGAACGAGUGGAUGGUCUACAGCGACGCCAUGGUAAUGGGCCGCGGCCACAGCAUCAUGGACUCGUCCCUGGUCUUCUCGCCCUUCGUGCUGCUGUUCUCGAAGGCGAUUCUCAUCGACGAGGCCAAGGGGGAGAUCCGCUUCGACAACUGGUGGGCCAGCAUAAACCCCAAAGACCCCGCCCUGAAGGAGAUCAUGGACCUGCGCUCCCAGGUGCUCCCCAAGUUCAAGGAGGCCGUCGAGAGCAGGGACCUGUCCCUCUUCCCAAAGCAGCUCACGACGCGCAUGGCCAAGGCGUGCAUGUCCGCGCCGAUCGCCCUCAAGAGCAUGGAGCCCAUGCGAAAGUCCAUCGACGAGGAGACCACGGGAGCCGCGCGGAGGCGCCUCUCGAUUUUCGAGUGGCCGCUGGACGAGGGGGCGGGCGUCGAGAAGGACUGUGCCCCGCCACCACCAGGGCUCCGCCACUGCUGCGUGCCCGUGCUGCUCCUCGACCUGUCCAGCUUGUCCCGCGUAAACGUGCCCACCGCCGCCAAGCGUGAGCUGCUCAGCGUGCCCUGCUCUGGUGUGGCCUACGCCAGCCGCUGUGGCCCAGCGGGCGGCGCCGGAGACCCCGUCGUGGUGGCGUCCCUGUGCCGCGGCUGCGCUGCUUGCGAGCGGCUGGCGGAGCCGUGCGGCGCCUGGGGGGCCUUCGUGCUCGGUCGGCUGGUCUGCGACGGAGUGGGGCUGGCCGAGGUGCACGGGUACGACCUGGUUCACCAAAGAGGGGUUUCCGAGGACGUGGCGCUAUCGGCUCCUGAACGCGUCGGCACCACGUCGGCCGUCGUCCCCUACAUCGAGAAGUACGACGACAACUACAGUGACGACGUGCCCUACGAUGUGGAUCCAGCUGGGGUGUAUCGGUUUCGGCGAGAACCAACGGCGGCAGAAGAACAUGUGUACCUCCGAGAUGCAGAGCUGCUCGCGGAUCAUCACUGUCACACUGUGGCGGCCACGCUCGAGACGCCCAUGGAGCGGGCCGUGGCGGCUGACGCCCAAGUGCUCCCCGCGAUGUGCAGCGGAGCUCGCGGCGCGAUCACCUGGGCGACAUUGUCCGCUCGUGGACGCGAGGAGGACAUCGGCAGAGGAAAGAAGUUGAGCAUGGAGCUGCCCUGGCAAAGGGCCUCUGCGAACCUCGUGAAGAAAAGGCGCCUCACCGUGGCCGAUUCGUCCGAUCUCCCCUCGGUCAUGAUGAGCCCUCUCGACGCGUUGCUCGCAAUCCCCUACCUCUUCCACUUCCGCCCGUCGCUUCCGAUCGCGCUGCCAGUGGGAUAUUUCCGUCUCGUGGGCGCCGUCAGCGGGUUCAACGGCGUCCAUGCUCGCGACCUCGAUGUGCACCGCCUCGCGUCAGCCGUCGUCGAGGGGUUCAGGGAGGCGGGCCUGGUCGCGGCUGCUGACGUCGACGCGCCCGAUGACGAUCUCGCUCGGGAUCGCACUGUGUUGGGAUGGGACAUCAGUUGCCGUGCGGCUGUCCUGAGGCCCACUCGGGCCCGAGUCUGGAGGGCCCGCCUCUGCGCGCGUGCCGCGCUGCGCCGCGGCCGUGUCUCGGGGCAAGUUCUCGAGAGGCUCGUGGGGCACAUGGGGUUCACCAGCCUGGCGCGCAGGGAGAGACUCUCGGUCUUCGACCAGCCGUUCGCGUUCACCCGCCGCUUCUACAAUGAGGAGGCCUCGCUGUGGCCCAGCGCGAUCAACGAGCUCGCCAUCUGGGAGGGGAUCUCGCCGCUGCUAUGGCGGAGCCUCAAGGCUUCCUGGGGGCCGACGCUGUGCGCCGCGGGCGCGUCUCCGACCAGUCUAGGGGUUUGCUCGUCGGCCAUCUCCGUCGAGGAAGCUCGAGGCCUGGGCAGGCACUGCGAGCGCUGGCGUUUCUUUCGAGGUGCCCGUCUUCCUCCGCGUCUGCAGGCUGCCGCCGCUGCUGCCGUGUCCGACGGCCCCGAGGUGCAGCGGCUGUCCGGGGUAGUGCCGCGGACGUUCUGGGCUCUGGACUCGGCGACGCUCGUGAGAAUGUUUUUCGCGAAGUACCCCUGA